AUAGCAACCGGAUCAGCGCCCCUGCGACGGCAGCCAGAACCCGCUUUGUUCGGGACAAACCGCCGCUCUUUCUCCCCGAUAUCGACCUGCUAACAUAUUAAAACCCAGAAUUUCACCCAUCUGUUUUUACAGUUCUAUUUUCAGAGCCGUGUUGGGGCGCUUCUGUCUGCAGUUGUCGAGCUUCCAAACCAGGGUUCCUGCAUGGCGCCUCAGUAGCAUCAUCCGAUGACGUCACCAGGGUGAUACCUGCCACCGAGAAGAUGACGACAGCUGUGGUUCGACCGCUCAACGUGUCCGCGCUCUGUGAGGAAGGAGACAAGUUCUUGGCUGCCGGAGAGCUGGGCAGGGCCACCUCCUUCUACAUGUCUGCCUUCAGCACCCACGUCUCCUCCACCGUGGCCCACAUGAGGAAGUUGGACAGCUCCGCUCUGGACGCUGUGACUGCUACGCUGGAAGACUGGCUGGACGGUAAAGACAGGCCACCGGUGGAGGGUCUGAACAAAGGUCUGCUGGCGGUCUUCCUCUCCACGGUUUGUCCCAAUAAUCUGUCAGCCACCAUUUUCAAGAUGGAGUCUCUUCUUAGUGGAGGUCACAGCUGCGAGGAGAUCUUCUCGCGCUGCAGCGCACUGCUGGAAGGAAAGAGGAGCCCUCAUCCGGACGGUUCCUCUCGCCUCCUGCUGGAGGUCACGCGUGCUCUGGCCAGGUUGUUCUCAGACCCUGAGCAGGGCCUGAAGCUUUACCUGAGUGUCUACCACAGGAACAAAUCAGAAAUGGUCAGACUGGUGAGACGCAGGCAGUCAGCGCACUUGGACAGGAUCCUGAGAACAUUCACGGAGCAGAUCUCUGAUGAGAGCAAGACGAGCCUGAGCGAGGACCAUGCUUCCGACACGAUCGCGCUGUUGCUGGAGCUCUUACCAGGAAACGCUGAAGUGCUGGAACUCCAUGCGUCACAUUUGUUCGGGGCCGGCAGAUUCGGGGAAAGUGCCGACGCGUAUCUUACCAUCCUUUCGGAGAAACGUGACUCUACUAAAGAGGCACCGGAGAGAAGAGCGCGGCUUUUAACAGGUCUGGCGGCGGCGUACUUCUCAGCAGGUGGACAGGUUCCAGAGGCGUGCAGGAGUUUGGGUGAGGCGUUCGAGACCCACCCUGCUUGUGCCAGACUUCACUUCCAAAAGCUCUUCACAGAUCUGGGAACAGGAACGAUGUCUCGCAGCCAUCUCCGACAGCAGGCAGAGAGAGGUCUCUCUAGCUUCAGGGAGAAGGUUCUCCUGCGUUCUGACUUGAGGUCCACGGAAGGUGUGGAGCUCUUGGACCCUGUCAUCACUCUCUUACGAACUAUGUGCCAUUUAGAGGCGGACGGAGGAGGAAGGGAGCUUCGUGUGCUACUGGCUGAAUGUCUUCUUCUCAGAGGGGAGCACAAAGAAGCGCUUUCAGUCUGCAGCCAGCUGGCUGCUGCCAAAGGUCAGCAGAGCUACCAGAACACAGUGCAGGUUCUCCGUGGAUAUGCUCGGCUCCUCACAGACGACCCUAAGGGAGCACUGGAGGACUUCCAGGCUGUGAUCGAGCACAACACCCCACACCCAUCCAGCUGUGUGCGGGCACUCUGUGGCCGGGGGCUUCUCCGCAUGAUGGACAGCUUCAGCUACCUAACUGCGCUGGACUACAUGACGGCAAGCAGGCUGCAACCUCAGGAGACGGCACUGACGGUCCGCUGCCUGGUGCCGUGGAACUCCCGGGGACUUCUUUUUACCGUGCUGCUGGAGCAGGGGCGAGUCAUGCUGGAAGAAGACCAUGCAUCCUCAUCGAACAGAGAAGCCAACCAGACUGAGGUGGACCACCAACCCAGAAGAGACCAGCACAAAGAGAAAACUCCGGCCGGUGUCCACGCCCUGGCGGCGCUGCUGAUGGACCUCCAGCCAAGUGCUGAUGGACCUCAGAUCCUUGCUGCAGAUGCCUUGUAUCAGCUUGGCCGUGUGGAGGAGGCGUACAGACUGCUGCUGUCGAUAAGUCCUUCCAGCCCAAGGGCCCCGAUUUUAGCUCGCCUCGCCAUUCUCCAACUCCACAGGGGCUUCCUCUACGACACCAAUCAGCUCCUGAAGAAGCUCAUCCAGUGUGGCGACACCAGUUGCUUGCGCCCUCUGCUGGCAGUUGCGCAGCCGAAGGAUUGCUCACUUCUAAAGGUCCACUGCCACUCUGCAGCCAAACGCAUCCUGGAGGCCACCAGAGAUGAGAGCGCCGUCAGGGAGGCUGUGGCCUACCUCUCCAUCGCCAUCAUUGUGUCAGGCGGUGACGCGGCAGACUCUUUGCUGGAGAGAGCGCGGUGCUACGUCCUGUUGGGUCAACGGAAGAUCGCUGUGUUUGACUUCAACGCCAUUCUCAAGGAGAACCCAAAACACAUCAAGGCCCUUUGUGGGAGGGGUUUCACCUACCUGAUGCUGAACCAGCAGAAGGAAUGCACCAGCGAUAUACUGCUGGCUCUCCAGAUCAACCCUGACGUGGUCACUGAAGACAUCUUGUCCCUCAAAGAGCGAGCACGGCAGCUGCUCUGCGACUGGCUGCACCAGCACUGCAGGACAACUCUGACGGACAGUGUGUGUCCUCAGCCUCCCGCAGCUCCAGAGCAGCUCCUCAGAAACACUUUAAAAAUCAGUAAAGCUCUGGUGAGGACUGACCCCAGAGAUCCCAGAUGGCAUCUUGUCUGCAUCGACGUCUUGCUGGCCAGAGGUGAGGUCAAGCCUGCCGCUGCUCAUCUGAGCCAGGUGUUUGGGCAGGAGCCAAGAGAUGCGGGGGCCCAGGGUCGGGUGGGUGUGGUGGAGGCAUGGCAGCAGAACUUCUGCAGCGCGGCGUGCCGACUCAGCAAGCUGGCUGAGAAAGAUCCAGGAUGUCUGGAAUUCACCCUCAAACUGGUUCCUCUUACUCAGCAGAAACACCUGGCUCAGGCAGCAGCUCAGGAGGCCAGUGAGCUUUCGUCCCGUGGGCGCUGGGAUCAUGCACUCCCCCUCCUGACCGUUGCACUCGAAGCAGUCAGCAGUCACAGACUCCAGUACGUCCGUCAGCGGUCGCUCUGCCUCGCGCAGCUGGGUUUACACCAGCGAGCCGUCGCUGACCUGGAUCGGGUCAUCCAGAAGCACACGGGCUCCGAGUCUUCCGAGGAGUUGGUGGAGGAUCUGUGCCGCCGAGGCCAUAGCUUCAUCAUGUGCUCCAGAGAGGGUCCAGCUCUGGAGGAUUUCCGCCGGGCCCUGGACCUGCACAGGGAGCGGACCCUGCAGUGCGUGGAGGCGGGUCUGGGGAGGGCGAGACUGGCAGAGUGCUUCCUGAGGGGGGCGCUGCAGCAGUACGGGGAGCAGCAGCUGAGCACAGCGUGGACUCUGAUCGAGUGUGGACUGGUUAUGGAUGUCACUAAUGUUGACCUUCGUAGGCUGAGGGCCAAGGUCAAACGGGAGGUGGCCAGUCCCUGCAAUGUCAACUAG